CGGAGCCGGAGGGACAGAGUCCUGACAUAGGCGGAGCAGUAGAGUUUCAGUCUGUUUUCCUGAAAUGAAAGUUUGUCAGAGUGACGUCGGAGCUGGAGGUGAAAAAAAGUCUGUCUCAGAAGAAAAGCUAAACUGAAGCCAGUGGGUUUUUCUGAGCAGCACAGCAGAGACUCUGUCAAACACUGUGUGUAGACAUGUCUGCUGCUAGCUGUCUGCUGACUGAAGACCAGUUUCUGUGCUCUAUCUGUCUGGAUGUGUUCACUGAUCCGGUGGCCAUACCAUGUGGACACAACUUCUGCAAAAGUUGCAUCACUCAGUACUGGGAUGUUAAUCUCACAUGUCACUGUCCCAACUGUAACAGUGUUUAUAACACAAGACCUGAGCUGCAGGUCAACACCUUCAUCUCUGAGAUGGCUGCUCAGUUUAGACAGUCAGCUCAGCAGAAAGCCAGCAGAGGCUGCUCAGAGCAAAGAGCUGCUGAAACAGGAGAAGUUCCCUGUGACAUCUGCACUGGGACCAAAGUAAAGGCCCUGAAGUCCUGCCUGGUGUGUCUGGCCUCCUACUGUGAGACUCACCUGGAGCCUCAUCUGGCAAUGUCAGGCCUGAAGAGACAUCAGCUGAUCGAGCCUGUGGACAACCUGGAAGACAGGAUGUGUAAGAAGCACGACAAGCUGCUGGAGUUGUUCUGUCAGACCGACCAAAUGUGUGUCUGCAUGCUCUGCACCAUUUUAGACCACAAGACUCAUGAUGUUGUUCCUCUGAAAGAAGAGUAUGAAAGAAAGAAGGUGGAGCUGGAGAAGACUGAGGCUGCGAUUCAGCAGAUGAUCCAGGGGAGACGGCUGAAGAUUCAGGAGAUCAAACACUCAGUGGAGCUCAGUAACAAAGAUGCAGACAGAGAGAUAGCAGAAGGUGUUCAGGUCUUCACUGCUCUGAAGGAAUCUGUUGAGAGAGGCCUGGCUGAGCUCAGGGAGACGAUCAGAGAGAAGCAGAGAACCACAGAGAAACAGGCUGAAGGCUUCAUCAGAGAGCUGGAGCAGGAAAUCUCUGAGCUGGAAAAGAAAUGCUCGGAGGUGGAGCAGCUCUCACGCUCUGAAGACCACCACCACCUCAUCCAGAGUCUCUCAUUGCUGAACAUUGCUCAACCCACCAAGGACUGGACAAGAGUCAGUGUUGGUCCACUGUCAUAUAAGGGGACUGUAGUGAGAGCUGUGGCUCGGCUGAAGGAGAAGCUCAAUGAAGAGAUGAACAAGUUGCUCCCUCAACCCAAGGUGAACAGGGUCCAGGAGUAUGCAGUACCUGAUUAUGGGAAAGCCCAGGGUGACCUGAACCUGGACAAUGAAGUUCGCAUUGUUAGAGAUUUUAUCAAGAGGGAAAAAGCCUAUAGUUCACAAAGGGUUGAUAAGAGUACCCAAGUUUUCAAAAAGAAAUCCUGAUUAACAACAUAUACAAAAGCUCUUGUCAGUGGGCUCUGACCUGCAGGCUGCUGUGUCAGCACACACCAACAGCAGGUUCACAUCUCUAAUUAAAAUGCCUGCAACCUUUUCUUGUUUUGUUUGACCUUAUGCACCUUAAAUUGAAGUUUUAAAUUGAAGUUUUAAUUUCAAUUAAAGUUGAAGAAAUACAUUUAACACAGCAGCACAUUGAAUUGUAUUCACUGUUUAUUAUAAGGUAAACAUUCUGCAGAGAUGGAAAGUAGAAUAUAAGAGAAUACAAUGAUAUUAAAUCCCAGUGGGGCUUGGGUGGCCAUAUCUGCCACUGGCCUCUUUUGUUUUGGUGUCUUGUUGUAGUUAUUAUAUGUGUGUGUGUGAUUUUCUCUGCUGUACAUUUCAUUGUAGAAACAACAAGAAUAAACCAGAGUUCAAACUUA